GUAAUUCGAACAACAAGUUUGUAUCACAAGGCCUGCGUUCCUUCUGAAAGUUUCAAUACACAAAGAUAAUGAUAAGAGAAAAUAGAACUAAUAAGGAUUUGUUCGAUAAAGUCGAACAUCCGCCAAAUCACCCGGAAAGUAAAAACCAACUUGUAGAAAAUACUAUUGAGGCUGAAAUCUCUAACUGUUCAUGUCCUGAAUGCGAUUCUCUCCGUUGCUUCAGUAUCCGACGCGAUCUAGCAAAAAGCGCUUGCGCCUGCAAUGAUUGCAAACCAUCUAAUAUGUGUAUGGUUAACCCUAAGGAUAAACCCGAAAGUAAACCCAUUUUGAAGACACAAAAAAGUUACGAAAGUUACAAAACCUAUAGCAACCUACCAAGAAACGUGGAUUUUUGUGAAAAAACAAGUUACCACAAAACGGUAAAAACUAAAGACGGGCAAUUUGAUAAGAUUAUAGAAUCCAAAUAUAAUUACAAAGCUAUACUGGCUGAUAAAAGCUAUACUGUAGACUCAGUUGACGAAUGUCGAGAAACGUCUAUUACGAGGCUUGAAAAUACUUUUUUAAGAUAUCCUUGCAAAGAUAUUAGUAAAACGACGGCGCAACUAAGUGCACAAAUUAUGAAUGUUCCAAUAAAAGAUUUUAAGCAAUCCUUUUCUAACGACAAGAAGUGUAAUGAUAUUGUGUCGAGAAUAGGCAACGUUAAACAAGAUUUAUUUAGUAGAUUAAAAGAAAUUUACAAAGCAUGCAGCUGUAAAGUUUGUGAGUGCAUACCUGUCACUUCAUUUUUUCCCGGAACAGAAACGUGUUCCUGCAAACCGUGCGAAUGUAAUGAGUGCAAAGAUUUAUAUCGAUACAUUUGUGAAAUCAAAGAAACCCCUCACGACGGUUGUCCCUGUAUACGAUGUGAUAGAAAAGAUUGUCGCGGUAUAACAAAAGGCACAUCAAAAAUAAUGAACUGUAAUUGCAAACCGUGCCAGUGUAUAAAAUGCACCGAAAGUUUUUCAAAGCUGUGUACCUGUGAACCUUGUCGUUGUCUUGAAUGCAGAUCAAUGCCUUUGCGUUCAGCGAAAGCUGUUUUCGUAGCGCCCGUACAGGAGUAUGUACGGCGCGAUUUGUGUGACUGUUCACCCUGUGAGUGUUCUAAUUGCACCCACAAUUACAACACUACCAGUAACAUGCGGGCGAGAUCAACAGGCACGGUGACACAAUCGUUUUGUCCGUGUGACACGUGUACGAACGAAUCGUGCCAAUCCGAUGGUGCAAGCUGUAGAUGUGAAACGCAUAAGGGCAUCAUGAAAAAGCCCAUUCAAAGAGAUGGCCAUGACUAUGAUAUAAGGAGACUUUUCAUCACAAAUGUUUGGCCAAAGUUCGAUCAUAGUAAAAAAAUAAAUAAAACAGACAUCAUUGCUAUGUAUGCUAAAACUCAACAAGACUGCUUAAGGGAUAAGAAGGUCAAUGAAUGUGAAUGUGUUGAAUGUGCGUGCAUAUCGUGUACCAAGUCUAAUAGAAAUUCGUCCGUUCCAAAUACAAAUUUUGGUCAACGUGAAACCUGUGAAUAUAAUAAAUGCAAUAAAUAUUUGGGAAAAAAUAAGAGUAUAAUAAUAAAAGAAAACGAAUGUAAGUGUAAUAACUGCGAAUGUUUCAAUUGUGGAAAUUUUGACGAUUCAAGAAGCACGACUACCAUUAACAACGCUUGCAUUCGACCGGAUUUCUUAGCCAACUAUGUCCCUAAUCAUUGUAAUUGUGAUUCUUGUGAAUGUAUAAAUUGUAUGCAAAACAACCUCGGCCAAUGCCUUCAAGAUCAACCCACACGUCAAUAUGUAAUUAAGAAAGAGACAAAGCAAAAGCCGUCUAUAUGUAAAAUUGUAAUAAAAGGUUCACAAAUGCCUAGUAAACCAUUUUUAAAGGCAAUGACUAAAGAUAUGAAUUUAGAACUUGCCCGUUCAUCUAAAAUAAUUAAAAGUAAACAUAAUGUAUCAAUUUAUCAUGUGCUUUCUCAGCAUAAAAAUUUCGAAUCUGAAAAAUCAUUCACAAUUUUCGAUAGGGUAGAAGAUCCAUCGAUAUAUUUCAGUACUAGAAAUUCAAAUGAAUUAUUGACUCCAUCUUUUUCACAAUACAAAAGAAUGGAUUACGUGGCACAUCGUAAAAGUUACGAUAUUUUGUCAUUCCGAGGAAAAUCGUCGUCUAUUCCUGUAGAUAAUAAAGAUAUAAACAAUUCUCAAUCACCUCAUCUACAAUUAUUAGCAGACAGUCAAACUACAGGGCCUUUUUUGGAUUUUUCUGAGCAACUAGAUAUACGUCACUAUUCGAAUAAGAAUAAUUAUGAUCACAGUAAAAAUAUAAAAUAUACCAACUCUUUGUAUGGUGAAAAAAAUAAAAGCAUAUGUCCAAUGUAUAUGAAAACUUUAUACAGUAAAGAUAUUGCUACAUUCGAUUAUAACAAAGUUAAAAAUACUUUACAAGAUGCGCAAGACUUCUCAGUUAAGUUGAAUGAAAUAUUAGAAACUUAUGAAAUGGCCAAUAAUAAUUUUGUAAGCAUAUCUCAGAAAUUAAAAAAAUUGCAUGAAACCAUUUUUAACAGUACUGAUAUGGGUUCCAUUCAACCAAACCAACAUUUCACGCAAAACCACGAUGAUAAUUUUGUUGGUGAUAAUAAAAUAUAUCCUGUGCUAGUAGAAAGUCCAGCCAACUCAAAAGAAUCUUCUAUUACAUCAAAUUCUACGACAUCAGGAAAUGAAACAAAAUUAAAACCAAUAUUCGGAAGUCACAAUUUACUUGAAAAUGUUGACUGUGUUCAAUUUCAAAAUAGUGUACCUAAUUAUUGCGAGGAUGAUUUUGGGGACAGGUCAAAAUCGGGAAAAUUUAUCCCAAGUAGAUUAUUAAAUUAUAGCAAUAAUCGUAUUAAGAAAAGACAUAAACUGAAUCAAGGUUUUUACAAGCAUUCAAAAAUAAUUUUAAAACGACUAUCAUCGAAUCCUAAAAUCAUAGCACGAAAACGUAUCGUUAACAAAUUCACUGAGACAACAUCUGAUGUGAUGAUAAAGAAAUUACCAUUAUUGAAUACAUCUACGUGUACAGUUAAAUGUGAAACACACCAAGACAUAAGUUUGAAUACGACAGUUACAUGUAUAUUUAAAGAUGCUGAUUUUUAUAAAGAUGCUUGUACAAGUAGCGCUGAUAACUAUUUUUCAAAUGCAGACGAUAACACUUCCAACAGAGGGGACCUAGCUUUAGAAUUAAUUCUACAGCCAAAGAAAACCAAUAAGAAUCCUCAAUCACUUGAUUCAGUACAUCCUAUUAACGUUUUGAGGAAAAAUCUAUUUAUUAACACUGAAAAGACAACACCCAAUAAAUAUAUUUGUAAAAUUCCGCUCUUAGAAGAGGAUAUAAAACAAGUAUUAGGUAUAAUUUCUCGAGAAAUUCGGCGUGAUACACAAGAAGAAAAUCUCGCUACACCCAAAAGAAAACAAAGCAAUACUAUGAAAGAGAAAACAUUUCAGCGAUAUCUAGAUGGAUUGGUUUCACGCGCAAUUCUUGAAUCAGAGUUGAAAGCAACCAGAGCUACAUCAUUUGAUCUCCCGAGUAAAACUUCCGUUAAGAUUUCUCGAGCUUGCAAUAACCAAGAAAAAUUAAAGGCAAACUUCUAUAACCUCAGAAGGAUUUCAGAUCACACCGUUCUUAUAAAAUGGAAUAUUCCAGAUGAUAUUUCAGAAGUUCAGGGCUAUGAAUUGCAGGUUGACGGUCGCGCAGUACAAAAGAUUUUUAAUCCUACUCGCUCCAUAGCUGUCAUUACUUGUCUACCACACUGCGAUAAAGUCUUGAUCUCUAUUCGAACGCUAACAAGAAACGAAACAUGUAAUCCUAUUAGCACUACUGUCUACCAUCCACGAAUUAAAUGAAAAUAAUAUUUUUUACCUCUACCCAGUGUGCGAUAGUUCCAAAUUCUCCUGUUUCAAUAAAACUAACAACAAUUAAA